CUUUGAUCCGGUGGGAGAUCAGGAAUCAACAGUAUUCUCUCAAUCCAUGUGAGAAUGUUCGAAACCAAAAUAAAUGUAUCCUAUCCUAUGGAUAUGGCGACGAACUUGAAUAAUAUUCUGUUCAUGUUCUGUUCCUUUUCCGUGUAUCUGUCGCUGGAAGUCCAGCGUCAAACCAACACAAACAUUGCGACAUUCUGCACCGAAUAUUUGCCCGACUCCAUGGAGUCGAAACGCAGCAUCCCAAGCCAGCCACUCCUGCGAUCUUUUACUUCGCAAACCUCUCGAGUCUUUGCUUCGGCAAAGGUCCUCCCGUUUCGGUGCGUUUUGUACCGGCUAGGGAGGGAGGCUUUUGGUUUUAUUGCUCAAUCUGGGGGGAGAUGGUGAUUUUUUCACUGUCUUUCUCGUGCUGCAAGAUCAGACUUAUUGGGCCAUCAUAGUCCGCGCCUGGAGCUUAUUACCCAGGCGAGGCUCCAGGAGCACCUACAUCUCUUCAUCGUGAUCAUUGAUGAUGUUGAAGUAAAAUCAAGAUGUUUACCUCUUUUUAGUGUCCGUCAAACGCGCUAAAGAGGUCCACGACAUGCAGGUUUGGCUGCAAUUGGCUCAUGUUUGCGUCACUUCUUAUCUGUUUACCCCAUUAAACCCCAAACCUGUGUAACCCAACGGACCGGCACUUGUUUACUCCAUGACGAAUGGAUAUGCCGAGCGUAUACCGAGCUGUCUAGAUUGAGACUACGCCCAUCCAGGAUAGCCGUCGUUCAUCGUAUCAGUGUACGACGAUUAGCUUCGAUAUCAUAAAAUACAUUUCUUGGCUGCGUUUACUAUUGUCCACCAUAUCUAUUGUGCAUGAUAUACCCAAUACACUGUAUCCAAGCGCCAAACAUCAUGCCUUCCAAGUUUGCCCACCUUCCCCUCUCCACGAGUGGUCCUCUCGACUGCGCCCUGAGUGGCACAGCAAUACUAAACCACCCCUUUUUCAACAAAGGCUCGGCAUUCACGGCCGCUGAGAGGCGAGACUUUGGUCUCCUUGGCCUCCUCCCUCAAAAUAUUCAGACGUUGGAACAGCAAGCCAACCGCGCAUAUGCCCAGUAUUCGUCGCGGCCCGAUGACCUGGCCAAGAACACCUUCUUGACCUCGCUCAAGGAGCAGAACGAGGUCCUCUUCUACCGCCUGCUACACGACAACCUGCCCGAGAUGUUUGGCGUCGUUUACACCCCGACCGAGGGUGACGCAAUCCAAAACUACUCCAGGCUGUUCCGCCGGCCCGAGGGCUGCUUCCUCAACGUCAAUGACGUGGACCGCGUCAGGGAGGACCUGCAGCGUUGGGGCCGCCCCGAGGACGUCGACUAUAUCGUCGUCUCGGACGGCGAGGAGAUCCUGGGCAUCGGUGACCAGGGCUGUGGCGGCAUCCUCAUCAGCAUCGCCAAGCUCGUCCUGACCACGCUUUGCGCAGGCCUGCACCCGAACCGCACCCUCCCCGUCGUCCUCGACUGCGGCACCGACAACCAGGGCCUGCUCGACGACCCGCUGUACUUGGGCCUGCGGGAGCGUCGCGUGAGGGGGGAGAAGUACGACUCGCUGGUCCGCGAGUUCGUCGCCGCUGCCAGGGACCUCUUCCCCCGCGCCGUCAUCCACUUUGAGGACUUUGGCGUGACCAACGCCCGCCGCAUCCUCGACACGUACCGCCCCCGCGCGCCCGUUUUCAACGACGACGUCCAGGGCACCGGGUGCGUCGUGCUCGCGGCCAUCAUGGCGGGCAUGCACGUCGCGGGCCUGAAGAUCCAGGACCUGCGCAUGGUGGUUUUUGGCGCCGGGUCCGCCGGCACGGGCAUCGCCGACAUGGUGAGGGACGCCAUCGCCGAGGAGAGCGGGUGUGGCAAGGACUGCGCCGCGGAGCAGAUCUGGCUCGUCGACAAGCCGGGGCUCCUGACGACAGCAACGCAAAACGACACCGCGCAGACGCCCUACGCCAAGAAGCCGUGGGGCGAGGGCCACGGGACGGACCUGCUCGCGGUCGUGGACGAGGUGCGUCCCAAUGUCCUGAUCGGCACGUCGACGGUGCCCGGGGCGUUUACCGAGGAGAUCGUGCGGGCGAUGGCCAAACAUGCCCCAAGGCCCAUAAUCAUGCCGCUGUCGAACCCGACAAGGCUGCACGAGGCGGUCCCUGCAGACCUGAUGGCGUGGACCGACGGCAAAGCGCUGGUGGCGACGGGGUCGCCGUUUGCGCCGGUGAAGCUGGACGGUGGUAGGGAGGUCGAGAUUGCAGAGUGCAACAACAGCGUCGUGUUCCCCGGCAUCGCGCUCGGUAGCGUCCUGAGCAGGGCGCGGCUGGUGACGGACAGCAUGCUCGUCGGGGCCGUCAAGGCCGUCGCGGCCAUGAGCCCUGCCCUCAAAGAUCCUGCGGGUUCCCUGCUGCCGGGCGUGGAUGAGGUGAGGAACGUCAGCGUCGCGGUCGCCAGUGGGGUCAUUCGCGCCGCGGUGCAGGAGGGCGUUGCGACUGAGGAGGGCAUACCUCGUGGGAAAGACGAUGGGGACCUGGAGGAGUGGGUGAGGGAGCAGAUGUGGAAUCCCGUGUACCGGGAGCUGAGGAAGGUCGGAGGUGGCGAUGCGACCAGGGAGGCGAAAGGGGAGCUGAAGCAGGCUGGGACCUUGGAGGGUUGAUCUGUGUGUAGGUAGGGAAUUCGACGCGGACCAUGCUUGAAUAAUGAUACAGUAAUCUACUAGUUCUUUCUGA